GACAGCUCCGUACUAUUGGCUGACACUAGAGGGGGGAACUCUACCUGUUACCUGAGAAAAGGAGUGCCAGUCGUCAUCAUCCGAUUCCAAACCAGGAUCAAGUUUUCCUUCCUCCAGCAGUCCGGAGAGGUAGAAGUCGGCCAGGACCGCCUGGAGCUGAACGAGCGACUGGAGCAGGACUCCGAGCAUGGAGCCUAUCGCUGCGUGGAGCGAGGAGAGAGUCACCAAGUGGCUCCAAGGUCUGGAUGCUCCCACUGAUCAGUACCAGGUGUCGGAGUGGCACCUGUCAGGUCUGGACCUGCUUCAGUUGACGUCCCAGGAUCUGGAGGUGCUGGGAGUUCAGAAGAUCGGACACCAGGAGCUCAUUCUGGAGGCUGUGGAGAAACUCUGCUCCUUGACUUAUGGCAUGGGAGGAGAGACCCUGCGCGGUCUGACGGAAAAGCUGCGUGUCGUUGCCCACUCCCUGCCGAUGGCCAUCCAGGGCGGCUGGCGCCACAACAGCUACGACGGACGGAGCGCCACCAAGCUGCCAGUUGGCGUUCUGAAGAACGUCAUAGAGCUCAUCACCUCUGCCAGAGGCCUCUUCUGCUUGCUCAGCAGAUAUCAGUUAUCCCAGCUCAGCAGAUACACCUCCACUCAGAGCAUAUUCACCCACUGUAAAAAUCUGAGAGACAUCGUCCACAAGGAUUCCACGGUCUACGAAAAGGAGAAGGACAUCAUAUCUGUUUGCCGUCAGUUGGUGGAGGUUUGUGAUGAGAUCCUGAACUCCAGCUCCGACGCUCUUUUGACCCACACGGCUCAGCUGGAGAGCGUCAGCCUGGUACCUGCUACACCCAGUGAUCAACUGGGGAUCGAGAUAACAUCCACCAGCUCCAGCAACCACUACGUGACGGGAACGGCUGCUGAGCCUUCCUCUGAUGCCUAUUUGCAAGUCCUGUCUGGUGAUGAAGUGAUCCAAGUCAACGACCAGAUAGUGGUCGGUUGGAGCAGAGCCAAACUUAUUGAGAAGCUGCGGGAGAAUCCCAGUGGAGUGACUCUGAUCAUAAAGAGGAUCCCGGGUUCGCUGCGGCGCAAGCAUUCGAUCCAGAUCACACCUGUGCAGAAGGAGGAAGAGGAGAGACGAGGGAGUUCGGACGAAGAAGAACCGGAGGACAAAGAGGAGAAUCAGAGGCACUCCAUAUUUGAGAGAGUAGCAGCUUCUGUCAGAUCCCUGUCAUUUAGGCGGGCCGUUCAUGGGCCAGAGGUUCGACAGCAGCCUAUGGGACAGGAAGAGUCUGAGUUGCCUUCUGACAGGGAGCAGGAGAGGACCGUGACUUUAGCUGCAUUUCAGAACCGUCCGGGCCGGUUGUCUCCUCUGCCGGCGUCAGUGGCUGAGAGUUCGGAUGGUUCGAGGCUCUCUCCAAAUCUGAGGAGAGACCGGUCGCCGUCACCAAGAAGCCCUUCGCCUUUUGAGUUUAGCUCAGAAAGAAGCAGCGUCAGCUCCUGCCCAGACAUGGUGGGGCACACGUCGAAUAAGGAAACCAAGAAGAGCUCUAAGAAAGGAAUGUCGACAGCUCUGAGCCGGCGCCGAGUCUCCUGCCGGGAUUUGGCUCAUCCCGACUGUGACGGCUGGCUUUGGAAAAAGAGGAAGGAGAGCAGCGUCUUCAUCACCCAGAAGUGGCAGCGCUUCUGGUUUGUUCUGCAAGGACCCAAUCUGUACUGGUACAACACUCAACAGGAUGAAAAAGCUGAGGGUCUCCUAAAUAUAUCCAGCUACAGCUUAGAGGGUGGUGGAGAGCACAAGAGAAAACACGUUUUCCAAAUGACCCAUCAGAAAUUUCAGAACUUCUUCUUCUCCGUUGACUCCGCCACCGAUUUGAGCAAGUGGAUCAACAGUCUGAUUAUAGCCAUACAGAAGCACAAGAGGCUCCAGAAAGGUCCAGAUAAUGAAGAAGAAUGCUACAGCGAAACUGAAUCGGAGAGCGAAUCGUCUCCUUCAUCUCGCAGGAAAAACAAGCAGAAAGUUCAGUCUAACACUCUGCCUCGACCCAAAGGGAAGAUAAACAAGGCGCCAUUACCGACUUCUUCAACAGAGGGCAGCAAAGAUGGUGGCACCGUGGAUGAGAUGGGGAUGAUGUUUAACAACCUGAAGGAAGGAGGCGUUUCUCUGAUUGGCCAUGAGCAGCCGUUCACGCAGGACCACUUCAGGAAGUCAUUCAUCCGGCGCAACAAGAACCCGGUCAUCAACGAGAAGGUGCACACGCUGCGGGCCCUGCAGAGCACGCUGAAGGCGAAAGAAGCCGAGUUGCUGCAGAUCAACAAGCUCCUGGACGACUCGGACCUGACUGCGUCCAAGUACCGGUGGUGGAAGGAUCAGAACGAGGAGCUGGUUUCAGAAAUCGAGAAGCUGGCCUCGGCGGCAGGCGGCAGGAACGUUGCUCGGGCGGAGGGCGGCGAGGACGUCGCUGCAGCGGCAGACAGCAGGGACAUCGCUCCGGCAGAGGGCGGCGAGGACGUCGCUCCGGCGGAGGGCGGCGAGGACGUCGCUCCGGUGCGGGACACGCCUGCUGAGGACGUCGCCUUGGAAACCGUUGCCACGGAAACAGCGGCUGCAGAGACGGAGGGCGCGUACAGACUGAGCCUGAGCGACGGUGAGCAGCUCGUCGACGCGGAGCCGUCUGAUGUUCUCCUGGAGAUCCCGCAGGAAACUCAGAGUCCUGAGUCGAGCCCGGUGCUGGAACUCUCUCUGGGAUCGCUGUCAGACUCCAUAAACAAUCAGCUGCGCAAAAAUGCAGAAAGCAGAGACGCUGGUGAUCAUUACUUCUAUAUCUAGAACCUUGGUGGCUCAGUAAAGCCUGUCUGUUGUUGUCCAAUGUUUUCCACUGAGCUGUCGAACAGGAGCGCAUGUUCUGAUAUUUACAUCCAGGAUCUCUAAACAUUGCCUCUAAAUCAAAGGCUGCGUCCUUAAAGACUUUAUUCUCUUGUUAUAUGAGAAACAAAAUCUGCCAAGUGUUAAGCACAUAUUUAUGAAAUUCUGAAAUAUAUUAGAUUUUGCAUUAUUUUAACAUUUUCUUGUAGGUCAUGCCUUUUUGAUAUGUUGUGUAAAUAUUUUCCCAUAAUUACUGUUUUUUUUUGGUUAACUCACAGGACCUUAAUAAAGGCAUGAAUGAAAAACAUUUGAUGGAACGUUUCCAGCAGCAUUGCAGCUGCUGGUCGAAGCUUUUUCAGCUCUUUUGUCUGAGCUUCACUUCACCUCCUGCUGAUGAACUCUUCAUCAGACUGACUGGAUGAGCUGUGAACGAAGCAGUGAAGGACUCUUCAUGCUGGCUUGAAAGAAUAAAGAGAGUUUAGAUCCAAUGUAUACAAGUAUAUUUCAGUAAAUUGAAAUAUGAUGAAAGAGUUGAAAAGUGAAAUUUGUACCCAGACUGAUGCAUUUUAAGUGUUUAUUUGUGUUAAUUUUCACACAGAUAAUAAAAACCAAAAAUUCUGUUUCUCAUAAAUCUGAAUAUUACAAAAGACCAAUGAAAACUGACUUCAUGCUGGAUUUCCAGCAUGACCUAAAUUUCCAAAUGAAAUCAAAAAUGUACUCUUAUCUGAGAAGGGGUCUUUGCACCACUAAACAACAAUCUGUUGCAUCUCACAUUGACUCUUGAUAAGGAUGUACAUGUUCUUGAUCUGCUCCAAACUCUUGAAAGAGCUGCUUGACAAUCUUCUAUUUUACCACAUUUUUUCCUUCAACCAAACUUUCCGUUGAUUUAUUUUAAUCUAGCAACUUGUGACAAUCGGGCUUCUCCAGUGGCAUAUGCUCCUUAUGGAUAGUCUCACUAACUGUGAAGACAAUACGGUAAUUACAGAAUUCCUGAAUAGGAAGUCAUUUUUUAAAUUGGUCUCAUGAAAUAUUAUGAUUUUCAGAGAACGUAAAUAUUGAGUUUUAUUUAGCUGUGCAAAACGUGCAAAAAUAAACAUUUAUCAGUCAUUGUUUGAUGAAUUUACAUCAUAGUUUUAAAAUAAUAUUUAAAUUACUGAAAUAAAUACAAGCUGCAUACGUGACUCAGAGCAGAAUGACUGACAAUCGCUAAUAAAUGUUUUGUUUAUGUUAGUCUCCAUUGGGUGAAUUUCAAUGUUUAUUACUUUGCUUCCCACAUCUGUCCUCUAGCAACAAAAAUAAAAUACUUUUCAUUC